AUGGCAAGGGUGCAAUAUGGAGGUAUUGAGAUAACAUUUGUAUCUUUAAAUAAUUAUCAAAAUUGUGAGAAAAAAAUGUUAUAUAGCGAGUGGAUAGUGGAAGAUAUAAAAUGGUGUAUGGAAAAUGGAUUAUUAAGAAAUACGACAAACACAUUGUGUGGAAUCAGUCAAGUCAAAACACAUUCGAGAUCUGAAAUUAAGUUAAUCUUUUCAAACCUAUUGAAUCAAUUAAUUGAAUCAAAAUUAUAUAAUAAAGAUGUUAAAAGGAUUGAAAUUAAUGUGCCGGUUGAUAAAUUAAUAGCGGAAGCUCAGAAGGAAUCUACCAUAUCAAAAUCACUUGAAAUUCUGGUCAAAACGCUAAGAAAUUUGAUUAACCAUUUUCACGCCAGAAGUUGCUCAGGAACUGAUUUUUUCUACUCAUUUCUAUGUGACUUAAUCUCCAUGAGAAGGUUUAAUGAAAAUAAUUUUAAAAAUACUUUGGAGAGACUAUUUGACAGGGAACUUUUGACUAAAAAAGAAUAUUUCAUGAUUAAAAUAUUUGUAACAUUGGUGGUUAAAAUUUUAAAGUUAGCCGCUCAGAAUGUUAAUAAUACGAAAAAGGUUAACCUUAAAAUUGAUGGAAAAUGGACAGAUUCAAUUUUAAUUGAUAAUGAAUUAAUUAAUUUACUAAACUACGGUUCAGCAUCGGGUAUUUACAGCAGAUUGAGAGAAUUGACACUUGAAAAUUUAGAAAAUGCUAUUGAUCCAGAAGGUAAAAAUAUUUCUGAUUUUAACACAGUAAAAUCCACUUUAAUGUGUGAAUUAGGAAAACUUACAAAGAUCCUUUAUCACUUGAGUAAACUGAUACUAAAGGAUGAGGAAUUUGUUUAUUUACAUGUUUUACCCGGGAAUGAAAAUAUGUUAAAUAUUUUACUAUGGAAUCUUAUAACUGAAUCAAUAAUAGAAUCUGAAAUUAGAACAUUAUAUUAUGAUCACGUAAAUUUAAUGAAAAAUCUCUAUAAAUUGAAGAAUAGAGGUUUUAAUGUGUAUAGACUGUUCAUAAUUCUGAAAUACGCCGAAUCCUCUAAUGACACCUUGGAGGACCUUGAAAAGGCAAAAUUAAGCUUAAUAAACCAGAGGUGUAAUGGGAAAUCCGAAUUUAAAGGGGGAACGAAAAACUUAUGGAGAUUCGUGGACUUGACUGGAGGAGUCAAAUGAGAAUUUAAAGUUAUUUUUUCAUUAUAUUUAAUAGACAAUUUGAGCUAAAUGAUUUUCUGAGAUUGGUGCAAAUUAUAAUCAAAUCACACCAGGCGGGACUCGAACCCGCAACCUCCGCUUUAGGAGAGCGAUGCGCUAUCCAUUGCGCCACUGGUGCUCGCGAAAAAGCCAAAUCUCUUAUUUAAAUAAUAAUCAAACUGUAAACCAUAAAAUAAACCAAAUUAAAAAAUAAAGUUGAAAAAAAACAAGAAAUAUAAGCAAAGACAAGUGUGAGUGUAUAGAUAAGAUAAAUAAUGUGAAAUCAUUAAUUUGGUAAUAGUGUAAUGAAAUAAUGAGAAGGUUAAGGAAUCAAACGGAUAAUUUAAUGUAUAAAUAAGAUGCAUUGAAAGAUAUUGAUCCAAGGUUACAUUAAAAGGGAAAUGAAAGUCGGAUGGGGUGUAGAAGGAUUUGACCUUUUCAAAAUUUACUAAUCGCCG